CAGCCUGUGUAAAGGAAGUGACGCCUACUUUACCCCAUACAAACAUGGCGGCGUACAGGCGUGCGGGAGUUUUACGGAAUUUCUCCUCACUUGUCACAGGAGCAACUCCUGUGUGUAGACAUCACCAUGGAGCUGCACUUGGUAAGCUUUCCUUCAACAUGAGGACAUUGCCCCGGUGCCCUACAGCCAUGUUUGUGAGAAACAUGUUUAUUCAGACUCAAGACACUCCAAACCCAAACAGUCUGAAGUUUCUCCCCGGGCGGACGGUGUUGGACACGGGCACUAUGGACUUUGUCGCAGCCAGAGAUGCUUACUGCUCUCCACUGGCCAGGCAGCUCUUCAGAAUCGAUGGAGUCAAAAGCGUCUUCUUGGGCCCAGACUUCAUAACCAUCACAAAGUCUGAUUCAGACACGGAGUGGAAGCUGAUUAAACCGGACGUCUUCGCCACCAUCAUGGACUUCUUCACGUCCGGCCUUCCUGUCGUUAAUGAAGACGCAACUCCACGUACAGACACCGCGCCUUCAGAAGAUGACGACGAGGUUGUGGCCAUCAUCAAAGAGCUCCUGGACACACGGAUCAGGCCCACGGUGCAGGAGGACGGCGGCGACGUGCUCUAUCGGGGUUUUGAGGACGGCAUCGUGAAGCUGCAGCUCCAGGGCUCGUGUACCAGCUGCCCCAGUUCCAUCGUCACGCUGAAGAACGGUAUCCAAAACAUGCUGCAGUUUUACGUCCCUGAGGUGGAGGGAGUAGAACAGGUGAAGGAAGAGGACGUGGAGCAACAUACCCAGCAGUGAGAGCUAGAACACAGGAUCUGGACUACACUCCUGCCCGCCGCGACUGUCCGAGGAGGAUGAAGACGUAGCGACACCUUAUCUCUGCUUUCCUAGACGUUCUUGGGGAACUCUCGGAAAUGUUAUGGAACAUUAUUAUUAUUUGUGAAAUGGUUACAGGAUAUAUGAUCUCGGAUCAUUUUGUCUCAAAUCAUUACAAAAGUAUGAGACAUGCUUCAGUACAGAUUUUUUGCCACUAUACUGUACAUUCAAGUUGAUUGAAUAGCACUUAGAUCCUGAAUGCAUCGUGCACUUCUGAUAUUUAUAGCAACUUCAGUUUUCUUUGCAAUGUUUCCUCAAGACGCACAAAUCUAACCAUGGACAAUGGAUGUGUUGUUUUUUUUCCCCCCAAAGGUCUUGGUGUGUUUUGCCCCCAAGGUGUGUGUGUAUGAAUGUAAACCUGACUAAGAUAUCUAAAUUAAAACUAUGAAAAUGUUUAAAAAUGAA